AUGGGCGAUGCUAUACGUCCUAGUGGUCUCCCCAGUGAUGAAACAGGCGGCCAGUCGGUCGCUGAGGAGUGUCGGUAUUAAUUUGGCUUGACGGUGUGUGAAAUACGUCCGUCAAGACAGUUUUAAUUCGUUCGCGAUAAUAUUAUUAGUGUUAACAAAAACCAAAGGAGCCGACUAGAAGACGCGAAACUCGGAAAAUCUGACGAAAUUUAUUAUUAUUGUGUCUUUAUACGCGGCUUUGUCAUAAUCGGCCGUUCGUUAUUGAUGUCAUUUUCCAGAAUGUAUCAAAAAAAAAUUUCCGUAUGAAACGUACGUUAAAAAUAUGUCCGUAUUAUAGUCUCCUGUUUUAUAUUCGUAUAUUUUUAAUCGUCCGAAAAUACUAUUUCGCACAAGUAUUUUUGCCGAUUAAUUUUUUAUUAUUAUUUUCUUUAGUUCGUUGACAGCCCCGUGAAACCGGUUUGUAACUGUAAAACAAAAAAAAAAUAAUAAUAACAAAAUGAUUUAUUACAUUUGUGUAAUCGGUAUGAAUUCGCAUUGUACGUCAUGCAUGUGUAUACCCUGAUCAGUGAAGGGUAAACUGUAAUUAUUGGAAAAGAUAACCGAUAUAUUCAUCUAGAUAAAAAUAAAAGAUAAUUUUCAUUUACGUUUAUGAAACGACGAAGUAUUAUUAUAAAUAAUAUGUUAUUACUGUAUCACAUGACGUUACCCGUGCCAAACAAAUGUGUAAUGAAAACGUUUUUCCUUUAGAAUCCCCGUCACUGUCACUGCAGUUAAACGUUGUUGCCCUUAAAAAUGCAUUUUCUUAAAUUUUCUUUCCAAACAAAAUUUCUGCUAGAAAUCUUGCUUCAAUCAGAACAUGACAAGAGAUGUUUUGGAUUUUGGCUCUAGCCGGUACUAUACUUUAGAAAGGUAACUUGUUGAAAUUAUCAUUAAUAUUUGAGAUAAUUAAGAAAAACUGGUUCCUAUAAGCGGUUAAAAAAUAUUAAAAGAUUAAAAAUAGUAUUGCCAUUGUCAACCGUUUUUAUUUAUUAUUAAUUUGUUCGUAUAUCAAUCCUUUGUCUUUGUCAAACAAUAGUUGUCGUGAACAUGCCUAUUGUUGAAAAAGAAACACUAUUGACCGAGCUCUGCUCAGAAUGGUUUUUCAUUAGCAAUGACUGAUCCUUACGUACAGAUUUAUAAAUUAAUCUACAUCUUUCCAGUGCAACUUCUUAUCUACAACUGUGGCCCGCCCGUGACCCGUUUAAUCACAAUAUCGAUUAUGAACAUUGUAUUUUCAUGAAAUAUCUGUCUACGUAUAUGUUUAAAAUCACGGUAAAAAAACAAUAAAGAAAGAUAAGAAAAUAUAAAAAUGUAAAAUACAAAAAGACAAGAAAAGAUAAGAGUUUUAUGGUGUUGUUCGUAUGACUUUUGUUUCCCCAAUUCGAGUCAUUGUACACGGUAGCUCCAUUCGUCCGAAUGACUGUUUUCUCUAAUUUGUUUCAUUUGGAAAUUGUUCAUGUCUCACACAGCCAUGCCACUCAGCACUCCGCAAACAAGUGUCGAUAAACGAGUUCUUUAUCGUUCUGCGUAUCGUUAUGCUCAUUGAGACCGGCGUUUUUUUUCCCGACAAAAGUCAGUUCACCCGAAACCAACCUUCGGUUUUUUCGCUUUUGAAAACAUGUAUUAUAGCGCGUUUACGAUACCGAGUUUGCGAAUACUUCGGAAAUCGCCGCGACCGAUUGCGCCGCAUUAAAACGUCAUUAUAAAAACAAGCGUUACUGAAGGAAAAAAAAAAAACAAAACACAAAUUUAGGACGUUUUCGUACGCGAACAAACGCGUUAUAAAUCCGACAGCUUUCGAAUGUAUACCCAUUGUGAUGCGCAGCAUAUUGAUGGUCCGUUACUAUUAUUAACAGCGGUACACAAUACUGCUGUGGUGUUUUCGCGGGUAAACGACAAUAACAUUAUAAUAUGGCCAACUGAAUGUUGUUUAAUUUUAAUUUCUUUCCCCCCCCCCCCGAAUGCCCGCUACAACAAUAAUUAAGACCGGUAUUGUCUCCGCCGCCGGGUCCACAUAUCCGAGACAAAAUAUUCCCGACGCGAAAAUAGUUUUUGUUUUUUUUUUUUUAAAACACGGUUUUCGCGUCGAACCGCCGACGGUUCGACGACGUGUCGAAAUAUCCGCGAAUAAUCGGUUAGUUUAGUAAAGCCGUUCGACAAUAAUAAUUAUUAUUAGGUAUAUUGUAUGUGUAGUACAUACAUAUAUACAUGUACACUAUAGUCGUAUAUAGGAGCACGUACACGCAUUUCUCCGAGAACCGUUAAUUAUUAUUAUCGUUUUAAAUGGUUUUUUAUUUUUUUUUUUUUUUUACUCGGACGCGAACAACUAUAACGUCGUCAUCGUGUGCCCCGCGGACGUGCGCCCGUAUAUUAUUUCGCAAUACCGAUGACGACGAUACAAUAUAUGAUAUUCGUUUUGCGCCAAAGAGUGUUAACAGUUGUCGUUCUGAAGGGGACGGUGGGGGGGGGAGUUGGCCGACGGAGGUUCUUGCGUUUUUUCGACGAUAGCGAACCGCGAUUUAACGUAUACCCGUUUCAGGUAGGCACACUAUACCGGUAAAACGGCCGAAAUCCGCAUUAAAUUCGACAACCAAACGGUGGAUCCCGAUUUUUAAACCGCGCACAAGUGCACCGUACGACCGGGGGACCUUGUAUUAGAUAUGCGGUACUUACAGUAUUAACUGUUCAAGAGCCCCGGAGGAUUUCAGGGCGAGCCCUGGAUGCGUAACUAUGCAUCAAAGCGCGGCUCCAGCGACCGGUUUCAGUAGCCGUCUGGUGGGUGUACCCUGGCUACUUGACCAAUACCGACCGAAACUCAUAAGCCCGUCCGAAUCAGCGUUUUUAAAGAAUACAAAAACAGGUUUUCGGUAAAACAAUUUGAAAAAAAAGUUGAAGCGCAAAAAGAGCAGUAAGGGUCGGAAAGACGUUUUGACUGUAUAGAUCCUUUGGUAAGGGUCAUUACGUAUUUGGAGUAUUUUUCUACAGGGAUAACACGCAUAGCACAAUUACUUUGUAGUGUUACAGAACAUAAUUGAAAAGCAGCUCUUUUCUGUUGUACAAUGUAUUAUUUCCUAACGCAUACAGCAUGCACUAUAAUAUCUUAGUCACGGUGGAGUGCGGGGGGGCUUGUGGUAUUGACCGGGGAAUUGGAUACCCUCACUUAUGUACUACUUAUAAAAAAAAAGUCACAAAAGUCCCGUUCUGGCUACAUCCAUUUUUGUGUCAUCAACUUGCAGUGACUAAUUAGUAGUUGAUAAUAUAGAAUAUUAUGCAUUUAGGAAAGUUUUUUAAUGUCGCAAAUAACGCUUUCACAAAAAAAAAAAAAAUGUAAAUAAACGGUGACAUUAAUUAUGAUAAACGAAAUGUGUAUACAGCGUUAAUUAAUUAAUUUUUUUUUAUAUUUUCAUUAAUUUUGUUAUUUGAUAGGGUAUAAUCCGCAAUAAAAUAUGCAUAAUAUAGAUGAUCGAAACUCCGUGCGCAAUACUUUUGACCGUUCUAUUGUAAUGGUUUUUUUUUCCUGUUUCGAAAAUCAUACGUACUCGUUUAUUUUAUGAAAUUAGUGACUUACAGAAAAAAAAAAAAAAAACAAUUAAUACUUAUUUUUCGGAUAUAUUUGCACGGCUUUAAAUAAACUAUUAUGUAAAGUUUAUUAUUUGAUAAACAAAAUCAUUGUACUAAGGCAUAUACGCUAGAUGCUUAUUUACAAUUAAAUAAAUAUUGUAUAAAUGAUUUUUUUUUUUUUUUUUUAAUAAACUUACAAUAUUAUGUUCAAACAUAUGCAUUUCGCUUGAAUGAUAUUACAAAAACCGAAUAAGUUAUUUAACUAAGUUGUUAAUAACAUGUAAGGAUAAUAUAAUUAAAACGUUUUUUUUGUUUUGAUAAAAUAUGAACAAAAUGUAGACUUUUUAGUUUAUAUUUUUUCUAAAAUAAUUCGUCAAUGUUUAUAUUUUCUGACGAAAUCGCAUACCAUUAAAUAUUUUAAUUAUACGAUACUCUCGUGUAAGUGCAGUACAUAAAUAUUUGUUAUUAAAGAUGUGACGGCAAAAAAACCAGAAUGUUGAAAGUCGUGUGUGGCACACCAUAUUUAUACGAAAAACAUGAACAAGACCUGCAAGACACGUGUCCGAGAAUAAAAUCACUCGUUGAAAAAUUACUUCUGAAACGUAUACAUUGA